AUGUCGCGACCUUUGAAGACAGUUGUCUGGUUCGGUGGUAAACCCCCCACCCCGGCCGGUCCCAGAAACGGCGCCGUCACAACCAACACGUCCAACGACACCACCACCACAUCCUCACUUUCAACCCGGCAGCCGCAGCCGCCCCGAAAGAACCCCGAUCCCGAACCGCGCAAACUCGCCGUGGUCCUCGAAGACCUAUCGACCUACCGCCGCUACAAACCCGGCACUGGCCCCCCACUGCGCCCGAUAACCCUCGCUCCUCCCCGCGACUCAACAGCCUACAUCCGCGACGAGUUCUUCGUCCCGCCUGCGCUCUCUGACGACGGUAAGAAGCGUCUUCAGUACGUUGUGGGAUGGACGGAUCUGCCGGCCGCGCGGCUCGUCGUCGACGCUGAGCAGAUAUGCGACUACGUCUCGCCCAUGGCGUACGAGGAGUGGUGCGCUGCAAAAGCCGAGGAGCGGGACGAGGAGGAGCGUAGGUUGGAGGAAGCGGAGAAUGUGCGCGCUGUUGAGGAGGCUGUGUCCAGGGAAAAGAGUGUCGCAGCACCGGGCGAGAAGGGUGCAAAAGGGGCAAAGAGGGGCCGGAAGAGGAAGCAAAUCGUGGCGGAAGAGUUGAGGACACCAGAACCCGCCACCGCCGCGGACGGACAGAAGAAGAAACGGGGACGGCCGAGGAAGAACGCGCCCUCGCUCUCUACACCAUCCAAGACUGCCUUGGCGGACGACUUCAGGGAGCUAGAUACGGAAGGGGAUGUGGACGUGGACGUCGAGAUGGAUGAUACGGCCGACGAUGAGGCCAUUUUCCGGCAACUCAACGGCACCGGGACAACGACACCUUUGCUCCUGACGGAGGACUCAUAUGACUCUGGCGAACAGAGCAGUCUACCCGCGGGUCUAGAACCCCCGAGCAAGAAACAGAGGACGCGGUCACCGAGACCGGCGCUCUCGCGGUUUAUGCCGGGAAUCGAGACGGACACUAGUAGCCGGAGCACCCCAUUUGACUCGUCCAGAGGAGCCACAAGCUCACCAGCACUGCCGCCGUUACCACGACCGCAAGCACCAGAUCCCCAAAGCACUACCGCCCGGCCGCGGGAAACGCCCAUCUUCCCGCCGAUACCCCCGGCCUCUGCGAACCACACAUCCACGCCCACAGCCCCACGGACAACAAAGACACAGCAACCGCCGAAGCGGUCCCUCCUCUCAAUACGAGAUCCUCCUUCCACGCCCCAGCAAUCAUCAUCGCCCAAAGUGCAAACACCUACACCAAAAGCCAGCAGUAUGCUCCCAUCGCCAGCGACGGCGCCCCCGGCGUUGAACCCGACACAGAACGGUAUAGGUACGAACGCUCCAAUACCGAAACCGGGCUUCAAGCCCCUAAUACAAAAUACGACCCCCUGGACAGUCUCUCUCGCGGGCUCAAAGACCUCUUCGUACUCUAACCUUACGCCCUCACAGCCUGUCCAGUCGAUAGAGCGACCCUCCUCCACGACGCCCAUACCAAUCCCAAAGAUACCAAUCCCAAGACCUCGUGAUACACCAAAGCCACAAGAACCACAACAAUCACUCCUACCGCAAACCUCCUCAGCUCCCCCCGCAACAACAACAGGCAGCAAAAGCGCAGCCAUAAAGUCCAACCCUCCCACCACAACCAAAUUUCACGCCGCGCGUAAAACCGGCGGCAAGCACCCACCAAGCUCAACCGCAACCGCGACAACAGCAGCAGCAGACGAAGAAGAAGAAGACGAAGACGAACAAGUCUACGAAGUCCUCCGCAUAGAAGGCUUCGAAGACCGCGUUUCCCGCCGCAGCGGCAAGAAACUAGGCCGCUUCUUCCAAGUUCGGUGGAAGGGAAACUGGCCCUCAUCCAUGAAUCCAACCUGGGAACCGGAAUCCAACAUCCCGCAACAUGUGAUUCAGAGGUUCUAUUUUGAAAAAGGCACUACUCCCAAGAAAAAUGUCAAUGGGCAGGCCGGCGCUAUGGAUAGGUACCUCGUGCCGAAGAAGUAUGCUUCCGUGUCGCGGGCGUUUGAGGGCGAGGACGAGCUUGGCGAGGGGGAUGGCGAUCACAGUAAAGUUCACGGUAACGGUAAUGGGGUUGUGACUGCGGCUGCGACCAAGGACGGCGAUGGGAAUGCCGUGGAUCAGAUCAAAGUCGAGGGGGGUGAUGAUGAUGAAGGCAACGAGAUGAUGCUCGUCACGGACUUUCGGAACCUUCUUGACCAUGAGAGAAAGUUCUAA